AUGGAAGCCGUAGAAUCGUCAUCAGGACUCCUUGAGCAAUCAUUAGAAAACCUUGAUAUUACACAGCUAACCCCUCUAACCCCAGAAGUCAUUUCUCGCCAAGCUACAAUCAACAUUGGCACAAUCGGUCACGUCUCUCAUGGUAAGUCAACACUUGUGCAUGCAAUUUCCAGAGUAAAAACCCAAAAGCACAGCUUAGAAAAAAUCAGAAACAUCACUAUCAAAUUAGGUUACGCUAACGCUAAAAUUUACAAAUGUUCGUGCCCAGAGCCAGAUUGCUAUACUUCAAAAGGCUCAUCAGGAGAAGACAACUUGAUUUGUCCCCAAUGCAAGUCAAAAAUCGUCCUUCAAAGACAUGUAAGCUUUGUCGACUGUCCUGGCCAUGAUAUUUUGAUGGCAACCAUGCUUAACGGAGCUGCCGUCAUGGACGCCGCCAUGCUUUUGGUUGCUGGGAAUGAGUCAUGCCCCCAGCCACAGACCUCUGAACACAUGGCAGCAUUAGAAAUCAUGAACCUCGACAAAAUCAUCAUCCUUCAGAACAAAGUAGAUUUAAUUCCUACCCCAGAAGCUGCAAAAGAGCAUUAUGAACAAAUAAAAAGCUACAUUACCAGAACAAAGGCCGCAAAUGCCCCGAUUAUUCCAAUUUCAUCGCAGUUGGAAUACAAUAUUAAUUAUGUCCUUCAAUAUAUAUGCUCCACAAUACCAAUCCCUGUCAGAGAUUUUUCAAGCACUCCGAGGCUAAUUGUGAUUAGAAGCUUUGACGUGAACAAGCCUGGGGAAGAAAUCCAGAAUUUGGUAGGAGGAGUGGCUGGUGGAAGCAUUUUGAGAGGUGUAUUAAGAAUUGGAGAUGAAGUAGAAGUUAGGCCAGGAAUCAUUAAUAGGGGUCCUAAUGGAAAUACUGUUUGUACGCCAAUUAGGUCAAGAAUUAUUAGUUUGUAUGCAGAGAAAAAUAAAUUGCUGUAUGCAGUGCCAGGCGGACUUAUUGGAGUUGGGCUUAAAGUGGACCCUUCACUUACAAGAGGAGAUUUCUUGGUCGGGCAUGUUUUGGGCCACCCAGGACAGCUACCUGAAAUAUAUAUAGAGCUGGAAAUUUGCUAUUACUUACUGAAAAGACUACUUGGUGUUAAGGACUCAGGAAAAACAAGAAAUGAUAAAGUAAGGUCUAUGUAGAUUCCUAAACUGAAAAAAGAUGAAUGCUUGAUGGUUAAUGUAGGAAGCACAUCAACUGGAGGGAGGGUGCUAGGGAUUAAAACAGCUAAGGCAAAAAUUGAGCUUACGAAGCCUGUAUGCUGUCAUAUUGGAGAAAAAGUAGCUUUGAGCAGAAGAGUAGAUAAACAUUGGAGACUUAUUGGUUGGGGUGAAAUCACAAAUGGACAGAUGCUAUCAGUUUAA